UUACCACAGAAAAUGCCUUUUAACUUGCUAGGAGAUGAGGCCAAACUCGCCUUCCGGAACCAGCCUGGGGGCAUAGCCAAGCUUGUCACGAUGCGUAAUAUACCUGAGACAGAUUCGUAUUGGAAUCAAUACCUUGUGCUAUUCGACACAGCUUCAGAUGUGUUUACACUCAUUUCAUUCCAUGACGUGCGCAGAGCUCUUUGUGAAGCCCCUGAGAAUGUCGCCACACUCAUCAAGGUCAUAACAAGCCGCCUCUUCAAUCUCGUCUCCGACCAUACGUUCCCUACGGCAACCGCAUCCGUCACGUCCUUUGCCAGCUCAUUUAUCAGGAGCAGUACCGGUAUGCAAGACAGGAACGCGACAAAAGAGGUCUUAAACUGCCUGCGAGUGCUGCAGCGCGUCCUGCCGGUGGUAUUCGAGACUGAAGGGGAGUCCAGCCGGCUUGAGAUGGAGAUUUUCUGGAAGCGGGAGACUGCUCAAGAAGGAAGUCAGGUCGCAGAGGAAGCGUCGAAGCCACAGUUCGUCAUUGAAGACGAUGACGACGAAGGGGAAGGACUGUCUGCACCGUCUACACCUGGCCUUUCACACAGCUCGCCCCCACAGCAGCCGAAGACAGCGAAGGCCUUGCCAUCUGUUGUGGAGCGUCUGUUCAGCUGUCUUGUCGACCUCAUGUUCUGCUGUGGCUUCACGCUGCCUGCGAAGAUACAAGUUGACCAUUAUAAGAUUAAUUAUACUAUUUGGGAGAAAGGUGUAGGUUCGACUACGGACCCGGGACCCGGUCAGCAAUUCGAAAGCAACAGAACGGAAGUGCUGCGCACACUCCUUGUGCUUUUCUCGAAGCAGAUCUACGCGCCGCCCUCCUCCCUCUUCACCUCCCCAUCGUUAUAUGCCCUUCACUUCGUCCAGCAUACCCCGAGGCGAGAUGUCCUCACCAUCCUCUGCUCCCUGCUGAACACGGUAAUGAACGCCGCGCGGCCCACCACCAACAAUUUGAUCGGAGGCGUCGCGGGGAAACUGCCAUACAACCAUUGGGUAUUCAAAGGAGAAGACUCAAAGGCGACACUCGUGGGUAUGUGUCUGCAGGUUUUGUGCGUGUUGUUAGACUUCCAGAGCGGGAGCGCGCGAGAUAUCGCUUCGGCUGAUGGAGAGUCGUCGACCCCGUCGGCUAAGACGAACGCAUUUAGAUACUUCGUCAUGAAGCUGCACAGGACGACCGAUUUCGAAUUUAUAUUGAGCGGUGUCUUGGGCAUCUUUGGGGAGCAGAUGUCGGCACUCAAUAACCUGCUUCCUGGCUCCAAAAAGGGCGUUCCGUACAUUACAGAGACAGUAAUCUUCUUUUGGAAAAUAAUUGAGUUGAACAAGAAAUUCCGGACCUUCGUUCUCGAGUCCGACAGAGGCAUGGACAUCAUCGCGUAUCUGCUCUGCUAUGGAAUCGAAAUCAAGGACAAGCCGGAGCAACACGGCCUUUGUCGCUCAAUAUCCUACAUUAUUCAGAGUUUAUCUGCGGAACGUGCUUUUGGUGCGAAGCUGGCUUCUCCAAUAAAGGUGCAACUCCCGCCGAAGGUGACGGUCUUAGGAAACGCAGGCGAUUUCCUCAUCAAUGCCGUAUACUCCAUGAUUGCGACAACACAAGGCUCACUCAGCUCGCUAUACCCGGCUCUUGUCAUCGCUCUAGCGAAUGCUGCGCCGUACUUCAAGAACCUCAGCAUCAACUCCUCAGCGCGUCUCAUGCAACUGUUCAAUGCCUUCUCGAACGCCUCGUUCCUACUUUCUGACGAAGGGUACCCACGUCUACUAUUUUUCAUGCUCGAGGUCUUCAACGCUGUGCUCCUGCGCAACCUUUCUGAAAACCCAAACUUGGUCUACAACAUCGUACGUGCGAACAAGACCUUCGAGGACCUUGGCACAUUCACGCUCGCACGCGGGCUGCGUGAAAUCCGGCGCAAGCAGCUCGCCAAAGAAGAGUGUGCGCGUGAUUCGUCAGACAAGCAGAAAGGAAGAGCGAGCCAGUCAGAUGCCGAGCAGCCAGGCGACGAGAAGGCCCGGCUCGUGCGCACAGGAAGCAGAGAUGAUGGGCCGGACGACAUCGAAGCGCAGAGGCGGUCGACGUCGGAGGAUCGCACGGGCAGGCCGCUCAUGAGUCCCACGCUGCCGAUUGCGUCGGUGUCGACCGAAAUGCCGCCGAACGGCCCCUCUGAGAAGGCGAGAGGCAAGAUGCGGGCGAGAGCAGGGUCGGAGGAGCUCACGGGCAGCUUGGAGAGGCUGGCUGCGUCGGGCGUGGGUAGGAAUGGGUUCGUCCCUACACAGGAAUGGGUUACGUCCUGGCAACAAGGGCUGCCGCUGGAUGUCAUAAUGAUUGUAACUUCAGAGCUGUACCCAAAGAUCCAAGGGCUGCAGUCGUCACUGAGCGGCCCGACGGCAAACAGCGCCAUCGUGGACUUGUUGCGUAGUGCAGCACUGCAGGAGCACCUGCCCAAAUCUCCUCCGCUGAGCCCGAGACGCUUCGCUUGGACCGACGCGUCGAUUGUCUGGCUGACCUCGCUCAUCUGGGGCGAGAUCUACGUCCGCGGCAUGACGCCGCUCGGCAUCUGGAACGCGACGAGUGUGCGGCUCUUCUACGUGAAGCACACCCAGACGCAGCCGCGGCAGAUCACCGAAACCGUCUCGAAUGUCGUCGGCGGGCUUCUGGGGAGAACGGAGUCGUCGCAAUCGCUGCGGCAGAGACAGUGAGCGUCCUUACGGUAAUUGUCGAUCUAUGGAACUGUACUUGUAGAUGUGCACAGGGUAAUUGGAUAGCGUUGAAC